CCCGUUUUCUUUCUCCCACAGCACCACCACCACCACCACCACCACCACGACCACCACCACCACCACCACCACCAUGGACACGCGCAUAGGAUUAGAUUAUAUUGUGGAGAACAAAGAAUACACAAACAAAUUGGCUGCUGCUUUGGACACGCAGAACAUCACUAUCAAAAAACAAGUAUUUGAACUCCUGUCAGCCCUGUGUGUAUAUAACAGUGAUGGCUAUUCUCGAGCAUUGGACGCCCUGGAGCACUACAAGACGCUCAAAUCGGAGAGGUACCGGUUCAAAGUAGUGCUGACGGAGUUGCGCUAUGCCACCACACUCGAGUACCAAACCGCGCUGGUGGCUUUUGUCAACUGUCUGAUAAUAUCUACACAAGGCCUCCACGACCGCAUGAGGCUGAGAAAUGAGUUUAUAGGCCUGAAAAUCUUGGAUGUCUUACAUAAACUCAGGCAGAGCGCUCCGGCAGACAGCGACCUGGCAGUGCAGCUUGAUGUGUUUGAGGAGCAGCGGGAGACAGACGAGGGACAGCUGACGGGGCCCCAUGAUGUUGACCUAUCCUCGCCUCUUGAUGUGUUCUAUGCCAUCUUGCGGCAGGUGGCAGACACACCGCAGGAGGCGCCCUUCCUGGCAGUCCUGCAACACCUGCUGAGCAUUGACCCCCGGGAGGCCGUGAGCGACGUGGUAUGGGACACUGCUGAACGCCUCUUGCACCGCGCCACUCUGCUGGAUGACGCCAGGGAGUCCGCCAAACUGCUGCGCGCACCGUCACACCGCUCCCUCACCAAACUGAAGGGUGACGCCACACGCUGUCUCUGCUCCUGUCACCGCGAAGACCCACGCUCUAGGAAGACUUCACUAGCUGGCGGCGGCUCCCCAUGCUCCCCUCCGCCGCCUCCUGACACCGGCUCCGUCCCAGCGCCACCACCGCCGCCGCCACUGCCACCUGGAGGGCCGCCGCCGCCACCUCCGCCGCCUUUACCUCCAGGAUGCGGCCCGCCACCGCCACCGCCACCACCAGGAGGGCCGCCGCCGCCGCCGCCGCCACCAGGGGGAGGACCGCCGCCGCCGCCGCCACCAGGAGGGCCGCCGCCACCCCCAGGAGCCCGCGCACCGCCCCCGCCCGCCCCGCAGGAGAAGAUCACGCUGCCGCAGAUGGAGACGCCCAAACCAAGGACUAAGAUGAAGACCUUUAACUGGAACAAGAUCCCCAACGCCAAGGUUCUCUCGGAGCAAAACAAUGUAUGGUCAACCUUAGCGCGCCAACAUAAGCACUCUCCAAAAGCUGCACUGGACUGGGCGGAACUGGAGGGGCUGUUCUGUCAAGCAGCCACCCCGAGCCAGCCUGCCGCCAAGGGUAACCGUGAUUCAAUGCGGUCGGAGGACUCGUCUAUGGAAAGGAGGAGGAGGGAGCCAACUGAGAUCAAUCUCCUGGACGGCAAACGUUCGCUAAACAUCAACAUUUUCCUGAAGCAGUUUAGAGUGCCUAACGAGGAGAUAAUGAGCAUGAUAAAAAAUGGAGAACAUUCCGACAUUGGCGCAGAGAAACUUCGGGGCCUUCUGAAGAUUUUGCCAGAAUCGGAUGAAAAGGAGAUGCUGAGGUCGUUUGAGGGGGACAGAACCAAGUUGGGCAACGCUGAAAAGUUUUUAAUCACGCUUAUGGAUGUACCGCAGUACAAGCUGAGAAUUGAGGCUAUGUUGUUAAAAGAGGAAUUUGAAGCCACAAUGGACCAGAUUGAACCCAGUGUCAAUGCUGUUAUCUACGCUGCCAGGGACUUGUUGACAAACCCACACCUUCAUGAGCUGUUGUAUAUGGUUCUUGUAGCUGGUAACUUCCUUAACAGUGGAGGCUAUGCUGGCAACGCUGCAGGAAUGAAGCUAUCAUCACUACAGAAGCUAACGGAUAUACGCGCAAACAAACCUGGAAUGACCUUACUGCAUUACGUGGUCCAGCAAGCAGAGAAGAAAGAUGCUGAACUCCUGAACUUUCCUGAUGAGAUGUCGUGUCUGGAGGAGGCGACGAAGACCACGAUGGAACAGCUGACAAGUGAAAUGAACCAGUUAGACUCUCGCAUAGCCAAGAUCUCGAAGCAGCUGCAGGCACCCUCCACACCUGCUGACAUUGUGCACCAGAUGGGCAACUUUCUGCAGGUGGCAUCAAGUGACCUGGCGUCGCUGAAGGAGGGCGUGGAGGAGGUGGAGAGGGUGCGGGUGGAGGUGGCGGAGUACUUCUGUGAGGAUGCCAGGGCCUUUAAGCUAGAGGAGUGCUUCAGGGUAAUGUUCUCUUUCUGCUCCAGGUUCCGACAAGCUAUAGCAGAGAAUGAAAGGAGGAGAAAGCAAGAGGAACAAGCAGAGAUAAGAAGAAGGACAAGAGAAGAGAAUGCAGUGAAGAGGAGGUCAUCAUCUUCACAGGGUGGACAGCCGCGACCCGGGUCAUUCAGCGGGUCAGAAACUGAGGUCAGCGUGAUGGAGAACCUUCUGUCGGACAUCAGGUCAGGAUUCACUCAGCGGAAAUGUGCUGAGGUAGCGCUGACUAAGAACAAGCGCGGCAAGAAGCUGGAGGUGUGGCAGAACGGGGUGCCCACUUCUGAGGAUGAACUCUCGCACUGCAACUCUCCCAGACUCUCCCGGCGUCGAAUGGGGUCAUUUUCAGGUCCCAUGGUGACUCAAGAUGGCCAAGCUGGUGAUAAUUCUCCAGAUGUCACCCCAAACGGAAGCUUACGAAGAAGAAGAUCAAGAAUUUUGUCAGAGGAAGAUGAUAACAAAUUAAUGGACUAUUUACACACAGCUGGACACGACGGCUCCAGGGAAAGGAAGUCCUGGUCUGGUGUGGCGGAAGGGUAUGGCUCCCUUGAUCGCUCCUUCGGCAGGCGCAUGAGGGGAGGAGGAAGAGCGCGUCCGAACCUUGUUUCAGAGUUUGGGGAGAGAGAGAGGCUGGCUUCUCCCUCCCCCUCCUCUCACUACCCCCCCUUGGAUAAGCCUACCGGCCCCCCUGACCAGAAUAGGCCUAGCAAGAACUGGCGGCAGAAGAUCGAGUCCUGGUUCAAAGAAAACGAGAGAGAGGAGAGACAGUCUGAGAAACUUAAGCAAAGACUCCAGCAGCACCGGAAGUCGCUGGAUUAUGACACGACCCUGGAUGAGAGUGGAGGAGGUGGAGGGGGUGGAGGAGGGGGAGUGGUGGCGCCCCCAUCCCCCCUCUCCACCCUGCCCGAGGACCGCCCCUCUGACACGCCCUCAACUGGCUAUAGACGGGUUUAUGAAGACUGGAGACCCUCUGUUGAAAAGACUGAUGUAUCACGUGUCAUGGAAGCUAUUGAAGAGGCGCAGUCCCCCCUCCCAAAUAAGGAGAAGGAUAAAUCUCCGUGGAGGAAGAGCAAUUUAAAUGUUGCCAACUCGAGCGAGGCAGCCACCACCACCACCACCACCACCACCGCCACCACCCCCACCACCACCUCCACCUUGACCUCCGCCUCCCGUCGACUCAGGAGAUUGAGGUCACGGUCAAACAUCGAGCCGGGUCAAGUUGUUCAGGCUGUACAGGGGUUCAAGGAGGAAGAGGAGGACGCGGAGGAGGACGGAGAGAGCAGCCGCAGGUCCUCCCUCAUCAAGACCCUGGGCCGCACUGACACCAUGGACACACUCAAGCUGUAUAUACGCCAUCCAUCACAGGAGGAUGAUGAUGAGGGGGCGGGGGAGCAGAAGGCGUCAGGCAGGAAGGCACAGGAUGCAGCGGCCUCCAGUGGCAAGGACGCCGCCCCCAGCCGCUCCGAGCAGCUCCUACAGAAGUACAGGGAUUCCGUGGACGUGCCCGCCGACGUGCUGCGCUCCAUUGAGGAGCAGGCGGAGCCCCGGGGGUCCCGCACCGCCCCAGCGGGCCGACGCAGCGAGCGGCGCGGCCCGCAAACGCCCACCACUCCGGGGUCCUCGGUGCGGUCCGCGCUGCAGCAGCGCCUCAGGGACAACCUGCAGCCCCGCCUGGCCGGCGCCAUGCGCUCCCUGGGCCCCGAGGCGGAGGAGGAGGACGCGCCGCGGCCGCCCUCCGUGCCGCAACACCUGCGGCGCUCCUCGCGGGAGGAAGUGGACGGCGGCGGCGGCGGCGGCGACAAGCUGGACAAGAUUGACAUUGACGCGGAGAACAUCGAGACGCCCCCCGCCACGCGCCGCGCCCUGGGCGCCCGCAGCUUCCGCGGCCUGAGCAGCGAGGGGCGCCGCGCCCUGGCGGGUGAGGUGCGUCGGGGGUCUGCGCCCCGCGUGGCGGCAGACAGCUCGGAGGGUGAGGGCGGCGCCAGCGAGGCGGAAGGGCGCGGCACGCAACGCCUGCGCCACCUGGCAUACCUGGCCCGGGACGGCGACAGCGAGACGGAGAGCAUGCUGGCCAAGCAGGGCCGCCGCGCCGCCCCCGCCCCCGCCUCGCCGCCCCCCUCGCCCCCCCUGGACGACAACGACCUGGGCGACGGCCGCUUCGACCGCUUCUCCUCCGUGCGCAAGACACUCAGGCACCGCAGGGAGCCCCAAGCCUCCCAGGAGGGCGCGGCGCCCCCCACGGCGGAGGAGGACAGCGCGGCUAGGCUGCGGCGGUGGCAGCAGCACCUGUCAGAGCAGCAACAACAGCAGCAGCAGCAGCAGCAGCAGCAGCAGCAGCAGGAGGAGGCGGCAGGAGAGGCGGGCCCUGGUGGCAGGGCGCCGGACUCCUGGAGAGACCGUCUGGCUCGCAGGUUUCGCCCCGGGGACAAGUACGAGGUGGCGGCGGCAGCGGCGGCCGGCCAGCCCAGGGCGCCGGCGUCGGAAAAGCUGCCACGCCGCAAUAAGGAGGCCUUGGCGCGGGGCGGCGACACGCGGGGCUCCUUCCGCGGCCUGAGCUCCGCGGCGAUGGGCGGCGGCGGCGGCGGCGGCGGCGGCGGCGGCGGCGGCGGCGGCAGUGACGGGGAGAGGAAGCGGUCGGUGUUCGGGGACGGGGCGCGGGGCGUGGGCAAGCUGUUCUCCCAGACCAGGCGCGGCGCACCGGACACCCCCAAGGUGGCCGUGCCCAGCAGCCCCAGGGCCUCGGGGCGCGGCGAGCCCCGCGGGACGCUCUCCUCGGCGCGGUCUGGCUCCCGCUCAUCCCUGCGCUCCUCCCGCUCCUCCCUCACCUCCGCCGCCUCCGUCAGCACCGUCCGGCCCGCCCGGCCCCCCUCCCGCUCCGCCUCCGCCGGCAGCGUGUCUGGCGUGGGGGGCGCCGCUCCCAGAGGCACGACGAGCGCUUCCCGAGGCCUGGGGCUGCGGGGCCUGAGCGGCGAGGGGCGGGGCGGAGCCGAGGACUACGAGGGCACACAGAGUUCCCCCGCCACGCCCAAGGGGGAGGCUGUGCCCGCCACCUUCCCGGAGCACGGCCGCUCCUCGGGCUCCCUGCAAAGCUCCGGGGGGGCCGCCACCCCCGCCCGCCCCCUGUCCCGAGCUGACUCAGCCCGCUCCACGGGGUCCCUCAGCAAGCAGUCCAGCGAGGGGUCCCUUCGCCAGGGCUCCCUCAGGUCCGCCUCCCGCCCCGGCCCCUCCCCCUCCUCCACGUCCCGCGCCAAGCGCCCUCUCGCCCCGGCACAGGUGCGGCCUCUCACCGCAGACAACCGCGCCCGCCCCACGGGGGGCAGCCGCUCCAGCGCGGGGGGCGGCGGGGCCAAGGUGCGGCGUGGCGACAGCGGCAGCAGCAAGGAGAACCUCAGCCGCUCCUCCUCCGGCAACAGCCGCGCUCCCCCCACCCCCAGCUCCGUCCCCUCCAAGACCGCCGCGCCGCCCCGCCCUGCGGCCACGCAGCGGCGCCCCGCAGGCACCGCCAAGAAGGGUGGCGCCCUCCCCGCCUUCAUGCGGCCCACCACCGCCUCCUCCUCUAAGGGCGGCGCGGACGGGCCGCCCAGGGGGAAGGGGCGCGCCGCCACCACCCCGCCCCGCCCCUCCAUUAAGUAAACCCACAAUGCCCCAUCCCUUCCUCCCCCCUCCCCCUAUCCAUCAAGUAAACACCGCCCCGCCCCGCCCCGCCCCGCCCCGCCUUGUCCAAGUUACCAACACUAACUUGCAGACUAAGGCAGACAAGGUGCUGAUGAUGAUUAUUAUCAUUAUUAUUAUUAUUAUUAUUAUUAUCAUUAUCAUUAUUAUUACUAUUAUUACUACUACCCCUACUACCACUACUACCACCACCACUACCACUACCACUACCACCUCCCCUGGCCCCCCCUAACACAGUCCAGCCGCGCUCCCUCGCUCCCCCUAGACUUAGCAGUGCUGAUGUAAAUAAAUGUUGUUUUUGCCUCACCUCAAUCAAAAAAUAAUCAUGUAAAUAACGCUAUUAUUAUUAUUAUUAUUAUUAUUAUUAUUAUUAUUAUUAUUAUUAUUAUUAUUAUUAUUAUUAUUAUUAUUACCAUUAUUAUUAUUAUUAUUACUUAUCCACUGGCAUUGAAAACCUCACCGGUGCUUUACGACGGAGAAAGGAACGAGAGAAACUUAUUAAACAACACACACACACACACACACACACACACACACACACACACACACACACACACACACACACACACACACACACACACACACACACACACACACACACA